GAAACACAGAACGUGGUUCUUCUCUGCUGCCAGUGAGGACGAGCGAAGGAAAUGGAUGCGACACCUGAGGAGGGAAAUCGAUCAUUACAACGACAGAAAUGAGUCCCACAUCUCAAGUGACUCGGAUACAGAUGCUGACAGUUUCUACGGAACGAUAGAAAGACCGAUGGAAAUCAAACAUCCUGUUGAAUCUGCUGACGAUGAUUAUGUUGACGACGAUCAGGAUGAGGAUGAGGAAGACUAUCUGAAGCCGGAUAACGACGUUUCACCCUCCCCUUCAGGUCGACCCUUGGGCCCGCCCCCUUCCUACCCCCCUCCCCCGGUACCAGCAGCUCUCUCCCCCCUUCAGGAUUUGAGUCCAAGUCUCCAGAAUGCCCUUCCUCCAGCCGUGCUGCCCCAGCACCGGAUCCCAACGGCCCCGCUCCCUAAGAAACCCCUUCCCGCUCAUCCGUCUCUCGCCUUUCCCAGGGAACCUACCAAAGGCUCUCCUCCUGCACCUCCUGCUGCCUCUCACAUUCCAAAGAAUUCUUCUCCCACACCUCCUCCUGUUCCUCCUACCUCAAAGAAAGGUCUCCAGAGCAGGACGGUCUCCCUGGAAUGCCCCUCAGUGUUCAUCCAAACUCCCGCCACAUUGCCCAUCUGUGAGAAGUUAGCGACCAGGGUCGUUCUGAACGGUCCUGUCCACUCCACCCUAAACGUCGGAGGGACCCAGUCCCUGGGACCAAGCUCCCAUCGCAGCAAGCCGAGCGUUCCGCUUCUCCAGCCUGCACACAGUAGAAGUUCUUCUCAGGCCUUAAACCAGACGGGUCCAGCUCCAUUGCCGCUCAAGCCUCCGGUUUUACCGUUGUUCAAACAUGGAGUGCACGUCAAGCCAGCGAUUCCCAAAUUUCCUCCACCUUUACCUCCAACCAAACCAGCAACCAGUUUCCAAAGAGCAUCUCCAGAUGGAAGAAGCUUCCGGUCGACAGCGGAGGAGAAUCUCCCAGAGACCAGGAAGAAACGGGUUUCCUCCAAACACGGAACCGGAGACGAGUCGGACGAUGACUACGAGAACGUUCAGCUUCCAGACUCCGUGUUCAUCGAUUCAACGGAAACCAGCUACGUAGAGAAACUUUUCAGAGAGAGUGCCGCGUCUCCUCAGAACGGACUCUACGGCAUCAGAAACUCAGGAACCAAAACGGCUAAGGUUCUGGUCGUGUGGGACGCCGGUAUAAACAAGGCCAGAAACUACAGGCUGUUUGAGGAGGUAACACAAACCUCCGCCCCCUCAGCCGGAUCCGUCCACGCUGGAUGUGUCCGUGUUCACGUCUCCUGUUCUCUGAUUCCAGAACGACAGCAUCUUCCUGGAAAACAACCUGGCCUUCCCCAACCUGUCGGCUCUGAUCGAACACUACUACCUCCAUCCUCUUCCUCACCACGACUCGCUGUGUCUGCAGCAGCCCUACACAAAGGUCCUGAGCAGCUGAGCAAACGGCUCCAGCAGAACCAGAGGGAAACAGCAGGAACAUUCACUGGAAAAUGGAACAAGCUACCGUUUUGGUCUGAAAUCCUCAUAUUUAAAGCAAAAUAAAUUCCCUUUUUUCCUUAGUGGUGAUCAAAAUCUAAUGAAGCAUCAUGAGAAAUCACCAUCAUGCUCUGAUUUGGGGUCAGUUUUGCUGCUGUCAGAUAAAAAUAUGCAAAAAAUCAUCAAAGUGAUUCAAGGGGGCUGAUUAUGGUGGUUGUGAUGCGUUCUGGCCACCAGGGGGCGCCACAUCUUCAGAUAUUUGGGUAUAAAGCAAACUAAUAUUUAUUUUUAUUGUUAUUAAGAUCAUUUUAAAGACAUUUUAUAAAACAGGAUGUGUUGGUUUUCCUUCACUGAAUAAACAGAAUUCAUUUUUCCUCAACGGAUCGGCAUUCUGAAAAAAACAAACUUCUUCCUAACAGAUUUAAAGGUUCUGCAGGAACAAACUCGUCCAUCAGGCAUUUGACUUCGCUUCUUUAAAACCCAAACCAGCAGCUCGACAGGACCUCUCUCAGCCUGAAAGUUUUAUUUCUACAUAAAAACAUGCAAACGGUUAUUUUUGACGUCUGCAGCUCCGAGUCGUAUCCGGUAAAAUGCUCUGCUUUAUUUAUCUGUACAUUUGUACAAAUGUAAAAAAUGUUGUUUUUUUAUAUGAAUCUAUGUUUAAAAUGUAUAAAGAAUA